AUGGUCGAAUCUAAUCAAGCUAUUCCGUCGCUCGCUGCGCUAUGUGUGGCGCGUCUGGCCAAUGGCGCCUCUCAGCGCGCACUACUUAAAAUUCUACGUCGAUUACCUGAGGAGCUGGUACAGACGUUGCUAUCGGACAUGAAAAUUUUCAAGAAGCUGACAGAUGAUCGUCUUGCCGCAUUCUUUAUGAUUUCGCGUCGGGUACUGAACCUCUCGGGCUGCUUUUCUGUGCGCAACUCAAUUUUGCGCCAGAUUCCCUUUCGCUGCCCGGAGCUGCGCUGCUUAAAUCUAUCGAGUUGUCCUCAGAUCACUAACACAGUGAUCCGUGCGGUGCUUCAAGGUUGUUCGAAUUUGCAGACGCUCCAGCUCGAUGGGUGUCGCCAUAUUACAGACGCUGCAUUUCAACCGGAUCAUUCACCAUUUUACGCGUUACAUGCGUGCACUUCGUUGAAGGUUGUGAGUUUCGCGCGUUGCUCACAAUUAACAAAGGACCUCGUUCUAUUUCUCGUAAAAGCAUGUCGAUCUCUUACCGACAUAAAUUUUUCACGCUGCAAGCGAAUUAAUGAUGAUGCAAUUCAUUUGCUGCUUCGCUCGGCAACUGAUUUGCAACGUGUGAAUCUGUCCUUCAUAAAUAUUUCUGACAAAGCGUUCACGACAGAGCCAUCUGACCAGCGCAAUGGAUUCUACACAAAACACUGCCCGCAUCUAGAAGAAUUGAAGCUUAGUUGCUGCAGCGAAAUCACCGAUGUGGGCGUCGAGGCACUUAUGCGUUCUUGCACGCGCCUUCGUCGGUUGGACCUGACGAAUUGUGCAUGGCUUACUGACCGGGGUGUGGCUAUGAUUGGAACCUACGGUCAUCAGCUCAGACGAUUGAAUAUGUCGUGGUGCAUGAACAUUACUGAUAAGAGUGUCGUUGAUAUUGCUCGCGGCUGCAAUCACCUGCAGGAAGUGGUAUUGGUGUGGUGCACGCAACUUACCGGUGCUACGAUAGAUGCUUUCUUACCGGAUGACGAAUCGACUUCCGACCGGUCUAAAGGUGUCAAACUCAACUUAUGUGGUUGCAAAGGGAUUAGCCGCGCACACAUAGAUAAGGCUCGCAGCAAGGGGCUAGAGAUUAAAUUCUUAAUUAAAUUCUUCCCACGUGGCGGUUUAGUUGACGUUUUCAAUCGCACCAUGACGCUGCGGCGCUUUGAUAUUAACGUUAAGGGUGUGGAAGGCAUCCAAGAGCGCACAAUUGGUGGAGGCGUGGUGACGUUGUUGAGCUGUGCAUUUGCUAUCUUCUUGAUGCUGUCUGAGUUCUCCGUCUGGUGGAGCGUGGACGUCAUACACCACAUGCACGUGGAUACUGAACCACAAGACCUCCCUAUCAAUAUCGAAGUUGACGUCUCAUUUCUUCAUGAAAACUGCCAAGAGGUGGCGAUGGAUGUAAGCGAUUCGAAGGGACGUAAAGCGAUUCUUAUUUCAAAGAACAUCGAGGAAGAGCCGUAUGGAGAAAACGGCUGCAGACUACACGGCACAGUUCAGGUGCAGAAGGUGGCAGGCGAGUUGUCUUUCGCACACAAAGGCUCACUUACUGUCUUUUCCUUCCUUGAUUUUCUAAACUUUAAUUCAUCCCAUGUCGUCAACCACUUGCGCUUCGGCCCGCAAAUUCCCGACAUGGAGACGCCUCUCAUUGAUGUCAGCAAGAUUUUGACCAUGAACUUGGCAACAUACAAGUACUUUGUCAGCAUCGUGCCUAGUCGCUACGUUUAUUUAAACGGUCGGUCGGUAACAACAUUCCAGUAUUCAGUGACAGAGCACGAGACGGGCUCGAGAGGCACAAACGGUCAAAUGUCAUUUCCUGGCGUAAUUUUCUCUACAAGCGCUAUCGUGGGUGGUGUCUUCGCAGUCGCUCGUAUGAUCGACGGCGCAAUCUACAGCAUCUCUAAGAAGAUCGAUUGA